AUGAGUAUCUUAAACGUCUCUGAUAAAGUACAAUUUGAUAAUUCACUCGAUGUUUACACGUUACCAAGUCAAUCUUUUAUUUACGUACAAGGGAAUCUAUUGAAAGAUGGCGGAACCGUUGAUAAAGAUUCAAAAUUAUCAGUAAAUCCGAUUGCUCAUAUGUUCAGUGAAGUACGAUUUGAAGGUGGAGGGAACGUAAUUGACAGAGUAAGAAAUCCAGGAAUAGCUAGCACAUUAAAAAAUCUUUGCUCAUUAACAAGAUCGGAAUACUAUCAUGCCUCUAAUGCACGUUUCGAAUAUCCAAAUGUUAAAGUAAAUGAAAAUACAGGAGAUUUUGAUUUUUGUGUCCCCUUGAAAUAUUUUCUUGGUUUCGCAGAAGAUUAUAAUAAAAUUUUGAUAAAUCUCCAUCAAGAAUUAGUUCUAGUACGCAGUAAUUCAGAUAAGAAUGUUAUUGAAAGUCUUUUACCUAAUGUGAUGUUUAAUAUUAAUAAAAUAGUAUGGAAAGUCCCUCUUGUUUCUGUAGCCGAUGUUGAACGUUUAAAACUUUUAGAGUACAUAGAACAAGGAAUUGAAUUAGACACGGGCUUUAUAUCAUUUGAUUUACAUGAAUACCCAUCAUUACCAAAAAGUAAACAACAUACAUGGACAAUUAAAACAUCUACACAAUUGGAAAAACCUCGUUACUUAAUAUUAGGAUUUCAAACCAAUAGAAAAGAUGAUGCAAAAGUUUCAGCAUCUCUAUUUGAUCAUUGUAAUUUAACAGAUAUGAAAGUGUUUUUAAAUAGUGAGAAAUAUCCCUAUGAAGCUUUAAAUUUAAAUUUUAAGACAGGUCAAAUUGCAGUUUUAUAUGAAAUGUAUUGUAAUUUGUUACAUUCCGAAAUUUUUAUGUUAUGUGUGGGUGACUUGUUUAUGUGUAAUGGGUUAUGA